AUGCUGAAAGAAAUCACAUCACUACAAAAAAAGUCUGUUACAAGUCAGUUUGAAAAAUAUCGCAAAGAUACUAACCUUCAUGGUGAACUAUCUGAUAUUUCAAAUCCAAAGCAGCUUGAAGAAGAGCUCUGUAAAUACUUUACUGUAUGUCGUAAAGCUAAUAGUGAUGAAUAUUCUGUCGCAUCUCUCCAAUCUGCAAUUAAUGCAUUUAAUCAAUACUUUAAUGGUGAAAUAAAACUGAUUGAUUUGAAUAAUAAAAAAGCACACCCUGAUCUUUGGUGUAUAUUGAAUAGAAAAAUUAAAACAUUGUCUGCAAGUGGAUAUGGGGAAGCAAAUGGAUCUGAUGCUUUAACGAUCGAUGAA